CUCCAUAAAAAAUAGGAUCGCCUUUCUCUCCAAUUAAUCGUCUGUGGGGAAAUGGAGGAGGAGCCCGUGGGCGAUGAUCGGGAGUAUCAAGCUAUAAUUCCGGGGUUGCCGGAUGAUUUGGCAUUAAGGUGCUUGGCAAGGAUCUCGCAUGGAUAUCAUGGAUUGCUUGAAUGUAUUUCUAGAAAAUGGAGAGAUGCAAUCAGGAGCAUGGAUUAUGCCCACAUGAAAGCUAGGCAUGAGCGGUGUGGGAAUUGGUUAUUUGUUUCAACAGCUGAUGGUAAAGGCCAAUGGGAUGCUUAUGAUCCUGAUGCAGAUCGUUGGCACCCUCUUCCUACAGUACCAACUGAUUGUGAUGAAAGCUUCUGCGGAUUUUCUUGUGUUAGUGUAUGCAAGAAAUUUCUAGUGAUUGGUGGGUGCUACUUAUAUAACAAAAGGAGUUUGGCAAUAAAUGAUGUGAUAUUGUUUGAUCCAUUCAAGAAGCAAUGGAAAAGGGCUGCCAAUAUGCAAACAGCACGAACUGAUUUUGCAUGUGCAGUUAUUUCUAACAAGGUCUAUGUGGCUGGGGGAGGCAAUUCAAGUUGUACUGAAGGGCUUUCUUCUGUUGAAGUUUAUGAUCCUUGUGCAGAUAGGUGGGAAGAUUUACCACCAAUGCCUUUCGCACUAAUUGAAUGCUUCAGUAUAUCGUAUGGAGGUCAAUUUCAUGUUCUUGGCAAGAGAGAGUAUAACAUUCAACAAGAUACAUACCUUAUCUUCAAUCCAGUGAACCAACAUUGGUGCAUCAUGGAAGAUCUGCAGCUGUUUUGUAAGUUGACACAUAAUUAUACAACUAUACAAAACGGCAACAUCUACACUAUUCUGGAAGAAGGGAGCAUCAAAAAAGUGGACAUGGAUCAAAAGGUCUGGUGUACAUUGGGUGAAUUUCCUGCAGUGGUCCUUCCAAAACACUUGAGAUCAUUGAAGCCUUUUACCUUUGGAUUUGUUGCAUUCCAGCAGUAAUUAUAUGUCAUUGGGGGCAUGACUCUUAGGUAUAACUUAGAUACCCUUUCAUAUGGCAUUGUGAAGCUGAACUCGAAUAGGUUUUGUGAUCUGAGGAAAUUGCCACUAGAAUGGAAGGAUGCUAGACCCAUGCCAAUAAGAAGUGGUCGCAUAUUAGGAUGUGCUGUUAUGGAAGAAUAAUUUAACCCUUUUCUAUAUAUUUUGUGUCUGAAACUUCUUUCUUUUUGGAUAAAGAAAGGUCUCAACAGUCUAAUAGCUGUUCAUUAAAACAUGGUAUCUUUAUGGGGAAAAACAGAUACAGAUUUGGUUCCCAUCAUUAGGGUUUCGGUGGUAUUAGAAUAUGUGCCUUAUGGAAUUCAUAUGAUUUGCUUUUUCUUGGUUCUCACUUGGUUCAAAUCUUGUAAUGGCAUCAUGUAAGUGGAUCAUGUUGCAUUGUACCAUUAUAUCCUCAACGUGCAGAUUGUCUGUUGCCC